AUGUGCACAACAGAGGAUGAUGGAGUAAUACCAAAGGGUUCUAUAGUCCUGACAGACCCUGUUGAGCAAUAUUUGCAAGGCCUAGGCUCAUCGGAAACUCCGAAGGAGAUUUACGUAUCUAAAGAGUCCCAUGCUUUAAAAUCGAUAUAUCCAGUAAUUAAUAAGUUUGGUCAAGUAGAGAGCUUGUUGGAUGGUGGCUCACAAAUUGUAUCAAUGGAUGCGGAGGUUGCUAAGAAAUUAGCAGUCCCUUGGGAUCCUGAUAUAACCAUUCAAAUGCAAAGUGCGAAUAGAACUGUGGAAAAGACCCUUGGUCUUGCCAAAAAUGUUCCAUUUAACUUCGGAGGAAUUAUGAUUUACCUGCAAGUGCAUGUAAUACGGGACCCAGCCUAUAAAGUACUAUUGGGCAGGCCCUUUGACGUGUUAACAGGGAGCGUGGUCGUAAACUCUAUGGACGGAGGACAGACGGUAACCAUAACGGAUCCAAACUCUGGCAGAAGAGCAAUGUUACCCACUUUUGACAGAGGAAAACCACCAGUAAUGAUGAAAAUGCACACUGAAGAGGAUCUUCAACCGAAAACUGAGAAAGUUUUUCAACCCUCGAUGAUUUGA